AUGGUGGAUUCCAACUCACCUAAAGACAUUAAUACCCCUACAUCUCAUAAGCAUCCUUCCAACUCAGUCCAACCUAACCCCAUUCUCACUCCUCAAACAGCAGCCCCGCCUCAGCCUCUUCAAGAAGUCUCUAAGCUGAUGGAGAUAGACCCUAAUGCUCUCCCUUUGGUUGUAAGUCAGAAUCUCACUCCCAUUGAUAGUCUACCUGAAUCCUCCAACAUUAAAGCUAAAAGAUGGAAGAGGUCCACUCAGAAGGAAGAGGCUCUGUUCUUUCUUCUCCUUCUGAGAUUGAGGAGCACAUUACUAGUUACUAUUCUUCUCUUUUCACAUCAGAGGGCUCUUGGGGUGGUGAUUCUAUGCUUCAUCUGA